CGGAUCAGAGCGCGCCGCCGCGGGGCUGCUACAGAUCCACUCGAGAGCGCGCAGGAGCCUCACACACACUCAUUAGUAUACUUGAGGAGGUGUGCUUUAGCUUUUGAGCGUUUCAUUGAGCACAUUCCCGUUCGGAUGAGGCGCGGUUCGAGCGGAAUAAGCGGCGGCGGGCUUUGAUGAGGAUGAGGAUGAUAAAGAGCGCGAGACACCUGUGAUCACGUUCAGCAUCAGUCACUGAGAUAGAGCAGAGGAAGCCGCGGUGAUCUGGACUGGGAUCAGGUCUGUGGUGGUUUACUGUGAGACCGAUCAGCAUCAGGAACACGAAGAGAAACACCAGGGUUCAGCUCCAGCAGCACUAUGACCGAUGGAGAUUACGACUAUCUGAUCAAACUCCUGGCUCUCGGGGACUCCGGAGUGGGCAAGACCACCUUCCUCUACCGCUACACUGACAACAAGUUCAACCCCAAAUUCAUCACCACCGUGGGCAUCGAUUUCAGGGAAAAGAGAGUGGUUUAUACGACAAACAGCCCCAAUGGAACGACAGCAAAGACGUUUAAGGUUCACCUGCAGCUCUGGGACACGGCGGGACAGGAAAGGUUCAGGAGUUUGACCACGGCGUUCUUCAGGGAUGCGAUGGGUUUCCUGCUCAUGUUCGAUCUGACGAGUCAGCAGAGUUUCCUCAACGUCAGGAACUGGAUGAGUCAGCUCCAGGCAAACGCGUAUUGUGAGAAUCCAGAUAUUGUUCUUGUUGGUAAUAAAGCUGAUCUGAACGACCAGAGAGAAGUCCAGGAGAAACAAGCGAAGGAACUAGCAGACAAAUACGGAAUUCCCUACUUUGAGACGAGUGCAGCGACCGGUGCGGAGGUGGACAAGGCCGUGGUGACGCUGCUGGAUCUGGUGAUGAAGCGGAUGGAGCAGUGUGUGGACAAACCGGCGGCGGACACACACAACACAGACGGCAGCAAACUGGACGCUGCGCCGGCCAACGAGAAGAAGUGUGCGUGUUAAAGCAGCGUGAUCUCAGAGCGCAUCCUCCCGACCUACUGUAUUACAGAUAUGUGUGUGUGGACACUCGUCUUUCCCUCCGAGAGUCUGUGAGAGCUGUGCUACUGCCUCGUCAUCUUUAACAACCCGUCCAAAUUCAGCAAAUGCAUCUGAAAUAUUCAUAUAGAGAUCUUAGCUCAGAAACUCACACUAAAAACCUGAUGUGGCCAUAAUCUCGAGUUAAAUGAAUGUACAUAAAAACAGAAAUAUCUGGCUCGCCAAGAGCUGAACGACAUUCAUACACUACCAGGCAGAAGUUUGGGAUAAUUAUGAGUUUUUAGUGUUUCUGAAAAGAAUUUCUUCUGCUCACCUAGGCUGCAUUUAUUUGGUUAAAAACAGUAAAAAUUAGAAAUAUUUUUACAAUUUCAAAUAGCUGUUUUCUAUGUGAAUAUCUGUUAAACUGUAAUAUAUUCCUGUGAUCAAAGCUGAAUUUUCAGCAUCAUUACUCCAUUCUUCAGUGUCACAUGAUCUUCAGAAAUCAUUCUAAUAUGCUGAUUUGCUGCUCAAGACAUUUCUGAUUAUUAGCAAUGUUGAAAACUACUUGUGCUGCUCAAUAUUUUUGUGGAAACUGUGAUAUACCAUUCAAGAAGAAAAGAGGUAAAUAAAAAAUUAAAGAAAGAAAGAAAAAAAAACUUUUUUUUGAUUAACAUGCAUUAAAAAAGUAACAAAGACAUUUCUAUUUCAAAUAAAUGCUGAUCUUUUGAAAUUUUCUAUUCAAGUUUCCUUGGAUAAAAGCCAAAUUUUUUCUUGUAUUUUUCCCCCUUUAUUUUGAAGUGCAGUAAUAUUAGUAAUUGUGUAAAAUUUGAGUUUAUUUCAAGAAUAUGUGUAUAUCUUAUUUACUUAUUUAUUGCAUAGAUAUAUUAUUCAUUGAAAUGUUGUUGCAAUUGCAUUA